AUGUAUUUAGAAGUCUUACCAAAUGAAAUUUUGCUUGGUUUAUUUGUUCAUUUGAAUGGCACAGAUCUUUUUCAUGGAUUUUAUGGUCUCAAUUCUCGUUUCAACUUGCUUCUUUACAAACAAAUUCAAUCCUAUUGUUUCGACUUUAUGUCGGUGUCAAAACAUACUUUCGAUCUGAUAUGUCAACAACAUUUGCCGUUGCUUGCUGAUCGAGUCAUUGCUCUUCGACUAUCGAAUUACGACACUGUAGGGCAAUGUGAUUUAUUCGUUUCUUAUAUACCAUCAUUCCGCCCAUUGACUUGCUUACGAUUAUUAACAAUACAGAAACUUCGUUCAUACGAAGUAUUCAUAGAACUCCUAAAUAAAUGUCAUGAACUCGAUAGUCUUACUUGUUUAAAUGUAAACCAUUGCCAUUUUCUAGCAGUACAAACUAAUUAUUCAUUGAUUAUCGACAAGAUUUGGAGUUUACCAAAGCUUACUGAUUGUCAUUUUCGCAAUAUUGUUCCAGGACCAUACAGUUUUACACCUCCAACAAUUAUCUCCCCAUCUCUCGAAAACGUAACACUAUUUCACCACGAACUGUCAUCACAUCAGCUAAAGCAAUUGUUUUAUUUUACGCCUCGUUUAAAAAGUCUUUCGGCAAUAGUUAUGAAGUUGAGAGACAUUGAUCAUAUUACAUCUCGACGUUUAAAACUCAUUCAAUUACGUUUAUAUUUUCCUUAUCAUAUAAACGCUUCGAAUAUGACAUUUUUCUUACGAAGUACGCCUAAUUUACGUCACUUAGAUAUCAACAUGAGAUACAACCUAAUCGAUGGUGAUCAUUGGGAACAUGUUAUUCGUAGUUACUUACAGAAACUGAAAAUAUUUCGAUUAAAAAUGAAACUGUUUUCUCGUAACAAACAACUUAUAAAAGAAGAAGCUGAGAAUUUACUCGAUUCAUUUCGCAGUUCAUUUUGGAUUUCUGAACGACAAUGGUUUGUUCGAUGUUUUAUCGGCGAAUCUGUCAUUUCACUUAAUACUCUAUCUAACAAAGCUGAUCGGUACGAAACAAUUUCUGGCCUAUGCAAAUAUACAUGUUCAGAUGAUAAUUAUCGAAAGUAUUAUAAUUCCGUGACUGUAAUUAGUGAUAUCACAUUUUUCAAUCAUCCAAUGCCGUCGAAUAUUUAUCUAUCGAAUAUCAUACAUCUUCAUAUAAGAUUGCCCAUCAAUGAUCGAUUUUGGUCAAUUGUUCCAAAUUUAAACAAAUUAAAAACACUGACUCUAGUAUACUACAAUGAUAUGUUCGAAUCAGAAUUGCAAGCUAUACUAGAUCGAGCACCUCAUCUAACCACACUGACUAUUCGACAAGAUGCAUCAUUGUCUAUGCAAAUGUCGUUAUUCAAGCGUGCAAAUGCAUCUAUUCGUAAACUAGAUUUAGAAAAUUACGCUCACUAUUUCAAUGAAAAUGAGUGUCUUCUAUUAGCUCGUUCAUCAUUGGGUAUUCAAUGUGAAGUACUUUCUAUUCGAGUUAAUAAUCAUGAAAACAUCAUUACUCUCGUCAAAAGUAUGAUCAACCUUCGAAUAUUAUAUAUUUAUCAGAGUGAUGAAAUGUAUUCUAACGCUACAUUUUUAACGAGAAACAAUGAUGAGACAUUUCCUGAACAAGAUCAAGUUAACAAUAAUGAACUUAUUCAAUGGUUAAGAGAUCAUUUGCCGUCAACAUGUUUGGUCAUUAAAGAUUUAUAUUAUGUUCACAAUAUUAUAAUAUGGAUCUAA